CGGGGCGGAGCCGGGGCGCCGGGCGCAACCUCGGCGGACCGCCGACCCAGAGACCUCUGCCCGGAGCCGCGCACCGACCUCGGAGCGGGGAGCCGACCCUGGGGCCGCGUCGCUGCGCACGGGCGGCCCGGCCCAUGUCCACGCCGCGGAGCCGGGAUGAGGGCGCCCGCGCUGCUGCCGCCCGCGCUGCUGACCUGCUGCGGCUGGCUGCUCGCCCCGGUGAGCAGUAUUCACCCAGAAUGCCGAUUUCAUCUGGAAAUUCAGGAGGAAGAAACGAGAUGUGCAGAGCUUCUAAGCACUCAAACAGAAAAACACAAAGCCUGCAGCGGCAUCUGGGACAACAUUACUUGCUGGCGCCCCGCAGAUGUUGGCGAGACCGUCACGGUGCCCUGUCCAAAACUGUUCAGCAAUUUUUACAGCAAACCAGGAAACAUAAGCAAGAACUGCACCAGUGACGGGUGGUCAGAGACAUUCCCGGAUUUCAUGGACGCGUGUGGCUUCAGCGACCCUGAGGAUGAGAGUAAGGAAGCUGCACUGCACCCGGAACUACAUCCACCUGAACCUGUUCCUGUCCUUCAUCCUGCGGGCCGUCUCGGUGCUGGUCAAGGACGACGUGCUGUACUCCAGCUCCGGGACGCUGCACUGCCCAGACUUGCCAUCCUCCUGGGUGGGCUGCAAGCUGAGCCUGGUCUUCUUCCAGUACUGCAUCAUGGCCAACUUCUACUGGCUGCUGGUGGAGGGGCUCUACCUCCACACCCUGCUCGUGGUCAUCUUCGCCCCCGGCCGGUGCUUCCGGGCCUACCUCCUGAUCGGAUGGGGCAUCCCCACCGUCUGCACGGGUGCGUGGACUGUGGCUCGGCUCUUGCUGGAGGACACGGGUUGCUGGGAUACCAAUGACCACAGUGUUCCUUGGUGGGUUAUACGAACACCAAUUUUAAUUUCUAUUAUAGUCAAUUUCAUCCUUUUUGUUAGUAUUAUACGAAUUUUACUGCAGAAGUUGACGUCCCCAGAUGUCGGCGGCAACGACCAGUCACAGUACAAGAGGCUGGCCAAGUCCACCCUGCUGCUCAUCCCACUGUUUGGAGUCCACUACAUGGUGUUCGCUGUCUUUCCCAUCCGCAUCUCCUCCAAAUACCAGAUUCUGUUCGAGUUGUGCCUCGGAUCCUUUCAGGGCCUGGUGGUGGCGGUUCUCUACUGCUUCCUCAACAGUGAGGUGCAGAGCGAGCUGAGACGCACGUGGCGCGGCCUGUGGCCCAGCCGGCCCUCCGCCCGGGACUACCGGCUGCACAGCUCGUCCAUCUCCAGGACCGGCUCCGACGGCGCCCUGCAGGGCCCCCGCAGCUCCCGGGCCCCGUCCCUGCUGCAGACGGAAACCUCGGUCAUCUAAGGGUGCAUCAGUGGGGGCCCAAGCAGACUCGGCGCUGACCCCCCAGAGCCGGGCCUAGCUCAACCCCUGGGGGACUGGGGGACCUCGAAACCACCCGGGACUUAAAGCUCACGAUUGUCAAACGCCAGCAGUCGGGCACUUUGUAUUUCACAUUGUUUGGCCAUGCAGACAGACCCAUUUUCAAAGAGACUAACAAAGACCACAGUGGUAGAACCCAGGACUUGGGUCCAGUGACUGUGGAAGAAGGAAGGGGUUUUCUAAUCUCAGCGCCAGUUCUCGGGGGGCACAGGCCUGAGCAGGGGCGCUGGCCCUCAGGGACAUGGUUACCCCGUCUCUGCAUGACCUGCACCACUGGUCUCCCACCCCUAAUCACAGGGGUGGUCCACCCCGCUGGGUGCAGGACACAUGGGCCUCCACCCACUCCAAGGGCUUCCAGGCAGCCUCCUGCAAGCCCAGCUGGGCCCCUUGCCUCCGCACCCCUGGGGCGCCCUGCAGCCCCACCCUGCUCACACCACAUUGGGGCUCUCGCCUCUCUGCUGCUGCGCUCAGUUCUCCAGCCGCUCUGUGACAUCAGGCCCCCCUUACCAAUGAGGCCAUGGAGCCUUUGUCUUGGGGCAUCACAGACGUGAGCAUGGGUGCCUGUCGUCAGGAUGGCCGGCGCUGGGCAGCUGGGCCGGGGCGCAGGGCUGGGCUGAAGAGUAGGCUGGACAGCCGGGGCAAGACUGGGAGGCUUGUCACCCAGCAGAGGCCCCCUGGGGGUGUGCCCGGCCCCCGGUGAGAGGAGCCUGGCCCAGAGCCUGGGGCAGCCGCGGGGGGCCCAGCAGCGGAGUUCCAGCUCAGACAGAGAGCAAGCCUCUCGGGGCCGCCGUAUGGCGGGGGUGCUGGAUGAGCACCCAGGGGUCUGUCAGCUGCUGGAGCCAAGGCCGCGAGCCUAGGACUGGUGGUCUGGCCCAAUGGGAGCAGAGGGGAGACUGCCUGUCACUCCCCAUUAGCAGGACAGAGGUGACCAAAGCGCCCAACGUGUCAUUGCAAAGUGCUGUAAACACGUGUGCCUGGAAUGCGCUCCAGCCACCGUGCGUGGCCACUUGAAUAAAACCCAUUUCGUGUCUGUU